UCGAGCCACAAGACAGAGGUGUUCCUCUCAGCCGACCGACGAACUACAGGCCACGCUCACCUUAAACAGUUUAACAGUUUUGUUCGCGUGCCAGUGAACAACAGACUUCAACAUACUCAAUGAACAUGGAUCAAAGACAAGAAGACAGACCUAGGGUGGCGUCAUUUCUUAUCGAUGAUAUUCUGGCACCACAAACCUUCCCGUCUGCAGUACAAUGUCCCAGUGCAAAGCCGACUGCAUCAGUAGAACACCCCAGCUCGUCACAAAAUUCCACUCAAAUCACUGAUAACCGCUCACAGAUACGUCCUCAACCAUUGGAUUCAACUUACCUGACAUGUUACGGAUCUCCCUGUCAUGUGGCUCGGCACCCCGCUUGUUAUUGGAGACCCCCAUACGCUUGUUAUUCACCAGUCCAUGGAUACAACUGCAAUCAUGGUGCAAAUUCUUCCUUCUUCCGUACGUCUUCAGAUCUUUUCGUUAGCUGUAAGAGGCAUCCGCCAACUUCUUCAGAAUCUUAUACACAGUCUAUUCAUGAACAGUCACGGUCACGAAGACCUAGAAGACCCUGGACUCGAGCAGUGUUUUCUAACUUACAACGUAAGGGACUUGAGAAGCGUUUUCAGGUUCAGAAAUACCUGACAAAAGCAGAUAGACAUCAGUUGGCCGCCAUGCUGGGCUUGUCAGAUAAUCAGGUCAAAGUGUGGUUUCAAAACAGGAGAAUGAAAUGGAGGCAAGAGGCCAGAGAAUCUGUUACAAGUACAAACAAUGAGCCACACAAUCUCGAUGAAGAAGAAAGUUAGCAAAGCCUUUCACAAUUUCAAAACUUAUUUCAUUCAGACCCCGUGCACAACGCAAGAUUCCUGAAUCUCAUCAGCUGAUGGAGGCUGACUGCUCUUUCCAAAACUCAGGAAUUCUAAACGUUAACUUUUACUUGGUCAUGACUUAUUUGAAUUAUCUUACCCAUUUGAAAGAUAAAUUAGAUUUAUUUACAUUGCCAUGUGGACAAUAAAAAUAAGUUUGGUUCCCUCGGCUUUCGCUGCACUUUCAAGAAUUAUCGCUACGUCCAUGUAAAACACUCAGUUUGAAUGUUCAGAGUGUACGAGUCUUUCAGUCCGUAGUUUCACGACAGAUGAAAACACCCUACCGGCUUUUGAAGGAAUUAAACAUGUCUCAUACUCAA